AUGGCCGGCUUUGAGUCGUCGCCCUUAAGCUCCCCGCGCUUACCUAGCCCGCCCCCAUUCCCUGAAGUACAGAUUGAACCCAAAUCGUCAACCACGGAUGAGAGUCUAAUAGGCGUUUUGCCAGCGCAAGAUGGUGACUCAACACGAAGAAUUCGCCCCGGAACCAAGGCAGUUGAUAUGGCUUCCGGCCCGCCUCUCAUCCCUCUGUCACAACUUGAGUCUCCAUUCCAGCUUCAAGAGCACCUCAAAGCCUCCUACCAAAGCUACACUCAGCCUCCUGGCUCCUCCACCAUAAUCCCCAUCUCCCACUCCAUUGCAAGACAACUUGCAGAACCGCCCGAGGGUAUUGAGCGUUCACUAUGGCUAUAUGAACUCUGUCGUUUCCUCACAAUGAAAGUGAAUAAUAUCAUCAUUGCAUUUUUUGCAGAGAAUCCACCAUGCUCUGCGCAAACUUGCCCCGAAAUGCGUGCGUCCGAAUGGCAAUACCUUUGUGCAGUUCAUGAGCCGCCGAGGCCAUGUUGCGCAAUUGACUAUUCUUGCCACACCUUGGACUGGGCAACAAAUAUUUUAACAUCACCAAAACUCUUUCCGAGCAGACUAACAUUGGGAACCGAGGCUUCUGGUGGCCCGCAGGCCGGCAUGAAGCACCUAACGAAUAUCUUUCGAAGACUUUACCGCAUAUUCGCCCAUGCAUGGUUUCAGCAUCGCGAUGUGUUCUGGCAGGUGGAAGGACAUGAUGGACUGUAUGUCUUUUUCAAAACAGUCUGUGAUAUGUAUGAUUUGCUACCACUGGAUAAUUAUACUAUUCCUCCAGAGGCGGAGGGAGAAGAGCGGCGUCUUAAUAAACCAGAAGAGGGAGAUCGAAGGGUGAUGCUAUUACGCAAAGAAGACUUAUCUCGUCCGGAUUCAAUCUUAGAUUCUUCCUCGCUUAGCACCGGCGCUGCAACAAGACGACACCGCCACACCCCAUCGACCGGUGCUGCCGUCAGUACUAUAGUUGAGACAGCCGAAGAUGAGGAAGUCAGUAAGAAGACGGAUAGCUCUCCUACUACUGUACUAAAAUCAGAACCAAGCGAGCAACGGCAACUUGAAGGACAACUUGAUACUGAUAACACCGAUAAUUGGCCGUCAUCAUCGCCGUCGUCGUCGUCACCAUCGUCAUCAUCCUCGCCACAACUGCUCUCCAGGAGCGAUAUUCUUACAGAACUACCAUUGCGCCUAAAACACCAGGGGCAUGAAGAACUAGCCAAAACAUCACCGGAAAUCCAGACUACAAAUACAAACUCUGAUUCUAAACUGACAAGCAAGGAAGGCUGUGAGAAAGAACAGCAACAGAUGUCAGACCCAGCAAUACAGCCGCCGCUAGAACAAGGAUCAACCUCGACAUCAGAAACAGAGUCUGCCAUAACUCCAGAAGCCGCCGCGGAGGAUGAAACAAAACCUUCUCAAGCGCAUGAACCAGAAUAUCAGGUGCAUGACGAGUCCUCGAAAGGACCUUCAGACAGUGCAACAACUGAGAAGAAGCUACAAGACGGCCCGAAGGAAGAGCUACAGGCUGAAGAGGCCAAAGAAUCUUCAACAGAUGAAAAAAAAACUUCGCAACCCAACAUCGAAGCAAAAUCCCAGUCAAGACCGCCUCCAGAAGAUAAGGAUGAAAUAGACAAAGAAGGGAAAGCUUGA